GCCGGCGCGUAGCGGGUUAACGUUUGUUCAUGGCCACCGAGCACCCAGCCAAGGGACGGUUAAGUGUAUCGAAUACAGUAAGCAAACCUAGUAUUUCUUUUGCAUCGGUUUACUGUGUUUACAGGAAAAAUUGGUAAAUUUAAGUCUUCAUGAUAGCGAUCAGUCUACAACCGAUUCCCACCUAAAACUAAAUGGUUGCCUCGUUAUUAAGGACAACCCAUGGGUUCGAGCCCCAUGUUCAUCUGGUGAUGGUUCUGACUCGACUACAUCCCAUGAAGGUGUUUGUAGUAAAGAUCAAGAUUGGCCAACACUUCAAAGUGCUCUUUCACAAGUUCCACAAUGCACCACUGGUACUUUAGAUGCAUGCUCAAAACAAAAAGAUAAAAACAAUCAAAAGGUAAGUUUUUUCUGCGAGAUUCACCUUUAGCUCACUGCGGUUGGUUCUUGCCAGAUACAUUUGGGCUCCAAACCCAUUACCAAUCACCAGAAGAAAAAGUGGGAACAAGCCACUGUUGAGUACAUUUUCCCGAAACCUAACAGCACUGACGGAUUUGUCGGUUAUCGGUCGGAUUCGCAUCGGUGGAACCGGUCAGGUGAACACGAUAAAGAAAAUUAUAACGGGAAAUCAAAGAUUGGAUCUAAUAGUUCUUUCGAUAAAGAGUGCUUAAACCCAAGCCAAAAUAAUCUUGUUCACUCGGGGACAAGACCUCGUCCGUUCGUUCGUCAUAUGCGGUUCUCGAAAUCUGGUCGCCCUCAAGUAAGUUUUCGUAAUAAUUUCCAAACCAUCAAUGUAGCAAGGGUAAGCCCCUUUUCCUUCAAUAUUCAUUUCCCUAAACCUAGUUGUUCAGCCGUUUCUUUCCCUGUUUAGUAUUAACAAAUCUCAAUUCCUCAUUUAAAUUAGCUACUUUGACUUGAAUGGGUUAUGUCUGUUACCCCUUGUGGGGCAGAAUCGGUCGCCCACGAACACUCCAUCCAACCGGUCCCGGGAAAUCCUUUCAAGUUGCUAUUCGUCCCUUUCACAUCUGCUUCCGAUUCUCGACAGUGUUCCUUGGUCAUCAUCUUUUCUGUUUUUCAGAGUUUCAGGCUAGCGCUUGCCUCGUGAUGCAGUUUGGUAGUUCCUGUAAUGUAUGUUCUAUCCUCCUCCAGUGUCUUUUCCUGAUUUUUUUCUUCAGAUGGAAGCUGGUUUGUUCUAACGCAGUAGGCUGUUUCUGAUGGUAUCCGGUCGACGGAUCUGGAGUGCCCUGUGUAGAAAAUAUCUUGUAAAUACUUGUACAUUUUUGAUGAUGGUUGUAGUAGUUCUCCAAGUUCCAGCUCCGUACGAACGCUAUGGCAUUUAGCUCGAAGCAAAACUUAAGUAAUUAAUCCAUCGAUAAUCUAAUGUCUGAGGAGCAGGCGAUAUUCAUCAAAGCAGAUGUUGCUUCAAACUCAUUCAUCCUCUGCCUCCCAUACUUCAAAAGUCAGUCUGUCCAUAUAUUUUUCGGUUUUAGAUUUUCGCUUUUGAACUAUAUUCUAUAUGUUUUUUCCAAUGGCCGUUAGUGGUGAUAAUUUUGUUGACAAAUUUCUAUGCAAGUUAUGGCGAUUUAAAGGACUUCGCCUUUACUAUUUGUCCAAGGUUAAAACUAGAUCAAACUGUAGUAAUUUUUGUAAUCCAUUUUAAAUAUAGCAGUCCUUGAAACAUCUAAUGACUUACACAGGAUAUGAAAGUCUAAUUAUAGUAAUAUUGUUGUGUUUAGUCUCCCUCUAUUUCAAACCCAGUAGUCCUUAUGAACGUAAAGCGAUAGUAAUAGUUGUGUAAUAGACAUCAGUUUAUCUAUUGUCUACAUAAUUAAAGACAAUCAUAUUAAGAAAUUAACUUUCUAAACUGCUCUCUUAAUUAUAGCGUCGACAGCAAACAUCUGGUACCUCUGUAACAGCAGCCAACCGUAGCGUACCUGGCCCCAAAAAUUCAGAACAAAUGUACUCCCCAACCAAUUUAUGGGUUCCAAGUGACAUCGGUCAAGCUGCAAACUUGGGUCGCAUGACAACUCAUGGUCGUUCAGCUCCGGGAAAGCUUAACAACGUUCCUCACCUGAUUCCUAUUCCACUCUAUGGGCCAGUCCCUCAGACUUCCCCCUUAUCGCCUUCAUUUCUUUCAGCUGUUGGGUAUCCCUUCUUGAUGAUAUAUCCGACAGGACCUUUAUCUGCACCAGCGUCAUCAGGAGUUUCUGAUCCUGUUUACGAUUAUUCGGUUACCUGUCAAACAUCGCAUUCAUCAUCAGUUGGUGUUUCAGGUCUGUCGCAACAACGGUCAACUGAUUCAUCAGAAUCUAACCAUAUGGCCCCUCAUGUUUUCAGUCCACCUUUAGGUAGUGACCUGAACAAUGUUUUUUCUUCCUUAUUUCCGGGAACAACCAUCGCCCAACCUGCUAGUUUGUGUUUCCUUGCAUCGUCGAGUAGUGAUCCCACAAUUUUAAUACGCCAUCAAAUAUUGCAUCAAGUUGAAUUUUACUUUAGUCCAGAUAACUUGGCCAGAGACGUAUAUCUUCGUCGGCAAAUGGAUUCUGAUGGAUGGGUUGAUGUCAAUGUAAUUGCUAAGUUUAAUCGUGUGGCCUCAUUAUGUACAGAUCUGAAUAAUAUUUUAGAGGCAAUUAGAGUUAGUCCGUUAUUAGAUGUGGAUGUCCCUAAAGCUCGUGUCCGAUGCAAAAACAAUCCAUCAAUUUGGCCCCUUCCUCCUGUCUCGAAUGAAAAUUUUCGAAUCAGCUUUAAGAACAACACAGUUCUUAACCCAGAUGCUCCCGAAUUCAUCCCAUCCCAACCAAUGACAAACACAGACCAAACAGAAUCAUCCCUCGAAUCCGCGACAAAGUCAGAUGCCACCCCCAUCACCUCAACGCAAGAGGAUUUAAACUUUUCCUUUUCAAACGAAUUACGUUCUGUCUAUAGUAAUCUACCGCCUCAUUCUUCGGUAUCGAAACGUACCCGAUCAAGUUUUUCCGAAUGUGAGAAAUACUCUUCUAUUUAUCAUUGCCGAACAAGAACAUCAUCCACUAACUCGGAUGAUGAUUUGGACGAUUCUAUGCUUUCUUGUUUAUUAGUGAUUGCUCCAAACACAUCUCAUGAUCCUUCCCCACCUAGUUGCAGUAACUUGGAUGAUAAUUUAAAGGAUGAGAGUUCGAAACCUUCAAAAUUCACUUCCGUUACCAACAGCUCUGCUGGCGAAUCUGAUGAAACUGUUAUUGAUGACCUUUGCAAAGCUAUUGAAGAAUCCACUGUUCAUACUGAAUCGAAUAUCACAGAAUCCAAUCCAGCCAGCGUUAUCAAAGACGAGGCUUCCACAUGUACAGAAAUAUUUUCCACUUCCUGUACCCCAACCACCCCUAUCUGUUGUAAUAGUUCUCUUGUACAGCUUGAUAUACCUGUCUCUGAAGUUUCAGUGCACUCCUCUGUUCCAGUGUCAUCAAAUCCACUUUAUUCAGAAUCCUGUUUGCCAUACGUGCAUCCCUCAAUUCCUGGUUCAGUUACGUAUACUGUAAUACCGACAGCUACCGCUUUGCAUCCACAAACUGGACUUAUAUUACCGACUCUUGGUCGAUCUCCGUUUGUAGCACCCUCAACUCCAAUGUAUUACAUUCCUCAAAUAAACGCUAUACCUUUUGUUUCUCCGGUAGACAAUUUAUUUCCUCAGAUUCCUGUAUGUCAACCAUUACCGUCUUUCCUAAAUUAUGAUCAGAGUUAUCUAUCAUUUUCUGACAUGAAAUACGACCUUAAAGGUCGUUCUAUUGGAUUUUUCCCCGUUUCCAGUGACUAUGACUUAAAAACAAAUGAGUCAACCGAUUAUACACAACGCGACCAUCCUGCAACUACGGAAACAGAUAACUCAUCUAGCAAGAAAAAACAUGUUGGGUUUCUUUUUCGCCCAGUUUCUGCUGCUCGUACCCAUUUAGAUGUCUCCCUAAGUGGAGGAUUUCCAGCUGCUCAUCACCCACAUCAUCUUCAACAGGGGGGUUUCACAUUUCAUGCCUACAACCAGUUUCGUUCCAAAUGUCUCAAAGAUCGAGAAGCUAAAGGGAAAGGUCAAUCACAGGAAAUGAAUACUCUUUAUAGUUUUUGGUCAUUUUUCUUGCGUGAACACUUCAAUCGAACUAUGUACAAAGACUUUCGUAGACACGCAUUAGACGAUGCCAAAGAGAAUGCGAGGUAUGGGUUGGAGUGUUUGUUUCGAUUUUACAGUUAUGGAUUAGAACGUCAUUUUCGUAAAGCUAUUUUCAAGGAUUUUCAAGAGGAAACUCUAAAAGACUAUGAUGAAGGUCAUUUAUAUGGAUUAGAAAAAUUUUGGGCUUUCCUCCAUUAUAGUCAACGCAAAGUAAAGUUGGAUGCACGUUUACAAAGCUUGUUGGAUUCAAAAUAUCGUACAUUGGGAGACUUCAGAGUCAAUUUUGAACCACCUACUGGCUUCUUUGUAAACAAAUCACGUCGUCGAACUAAAUCAGAGUCAACAUCAACAUGUCAAAGUAAACCGUUGCUAUUCACAAGAACACCUCCUGUCGAAUUCCAUUCAAAUAGAAUAUCUAGAUAAAAUUCUUAUUGUGUUUCAUAUUCAAAAUGAAAAGUAGUACCUUCUAAAAUUCCAUCAAAAACUAUUUCGAUUCUUUGACGAAAACCAUCCAUUGAUAUCUUACUUUACAUUCAUCCCGUUGUCUUUUUUUUUGAUAACAUUCAAAUGAUUAUUUGUUUAUAGAAAUUUGGUUAAAAACUAUCCAGAAAGUCAUCUCUCCCCCCCCUCUCUCUAUCUUUCCGGUGUUAUUAUUUAUUUUUUAGUAACAAAAUGUAUUAUCAUAAUGACCCCCUACCACCACCACCCUCAUAUCAUUAUCAGUGUAUUACUAUUAUUGUUUUGUAUAUAAUUGAUAUUACAUAAUUCUUAUUAUUACUUGCUAAAAAAAACUUUUCCUUUCGGGUCAUUUUUGUAAUGGAUCAAUUAAUUAAUUAAUUGACUAGUUGUAGCUUCCCCUACUCAAAAAUGUUUUUUAUUUUAUUUCAUUUAUACAAACAAUAACAUUUUGGAAAAAGUGUUUUGUGGAUGAUGAUGAUGAUGACGACGACGAAGGAGUAGAAGAAGGAAGAGGAGGCGGAGGAGGAUAAGGAGAAGUAUAGAUACACUAUAAACUAUCCUUCUAAUUUGUUUUUAUUUUAUUCUUUGACGUAUUAGUCCAUUUCUAUGUCUUACAUUCUGCUUAAUCUACCACCCCCCCCCCGUUUUUUUAGUUUGCCUAUUAAUUUAGUUUUAUGAAUAUAUACAUAUAUAUCUAUGGGCUUGGAUUCAUAGUUCUUUGUCUAUUUAUCAAUAAUAAUACCUUUUGAUGUGACUUGAAGACUUCAUGGUACAUAGUCGUUGCUUAGAUUGUUAAUUGUGUGUUCAUAUAGCCUAUAUUCGCUUUGAAUAAUGGUGUUUUGAAGAUAUACUAUUUUUCAUCCUUUUCUGGUUAACUUAACUAAUCAUUCUUCUUUAUAUACCUUAUUGUGUGUUAAAGGCAAUUUGAUUUGAUGAUUAUUCUACAUGUCGCAAUUUGAUGGUGUUCAACUCUGGUUUUCCAUUACGAAUAAUAGAGUAUAUUUCAUAUACAUUCUUUUUUCCCAAACACUAUUAUUAUAAAUUGAUAUCUGCCAUCGUAUUUCCUAUACUUUUGUUUAGAUGCUUAUAAAGCACAUCUCUAAUGCAGUCUGUUGUAUUUACUGUCAGUCUCUAAAUUAGUUUACUCUUAUGUUUCAUGAACAUCGUUUUACUUUUUCU